GAGAAGCAGCCUCCACUUUCCCCGGCGUCAUGACCCUGUACGGCCGCCUGCCGCCGCUCGCAGCCCCGGCUCCGGCUCUCAGCCUCCCCGCGCCCUCGCUCCUCUACCUGUACGGCCGGGACGGUGGCGCACUCCUGCCCGCCCUCGGCCUGGUUCAGACCCGCCACGAGCCUCCGCAGAAACCGCCCUACAGCUACAUCGCGCUCAUCGCCAUGGCCAUCAAGAGCGCGCCCGAGCAGCGCGCGACCCUCAGCGGCAUCUACCAGUUCAUCAUGGACCGGUUCCCGUUUUAUCACGACAACAAACAGGGCUGGCAGAACUCGAUCCGACACAACCUGUCCCUCAACGACUGCUUCAUCAAAGUGCCGCGAGAGAAGAACCGGCCCGGCAAAGGCAGCUACUGGACCCUGGACACCAAGUGUCUGGACAUGUUUGAGAACGGAAACUACCGCCGCAGGAAGAGGAAGGGUAAGAACCAGCGCGAGGUUCUGGACUCCGGAGCCGCUGCUGCAGGAAACAAGGGCUGCAGCAACAAGGGACCGGGGCCUCCAAGGGCCCCUCUGUCCUCUGUGAAGAACCAGGGCGCCUCAGAGGAGCCGGAGGAGGAGACGGUGCCACAGACUCUCCCGGAACAAAAAGUCGCAGAGGAGGACAGCGCGACUCCUGCUCAACUGGAGCUGGAGACCAGAGCGCGAGAGCGGGGUCCACUCUGCGCCGGAAACACGAAGCUGGGAAACUUUCCGAGCCGAGGAACAAACAAAAGUUUCAGCAUCGAGAGCAUUUUAUCCAGAAACGAGGAUGAGACGCGCAGCAGCAGCUGCAGGAACGGCAGCAUGUGCGGCUUCUGUGCGGAGAGUCCCGCUGCUGUCAGUCCGUCUGUGGUGCUCGCUGCUCGGCAUCAUCACUUGCACAGGUUCCCGCUCUGCUCUUACCUGUCACUCACCUGUCCGCCUGUCACUCACCUGCCCAGACCCGCUGCUCCAGUUUAAAUAAAAACACAGUCUGAGAAGUUUAAACAAUGAGACACUUUUCUACUUCCAGGACCUUCGUUAUCUACAGACACUGACAGAGAAGUGUGUGUGUGCGUAAAAGUCUGGAUCAUCAUAAUAUUGACUUUAACUCGUGCGUAAAAGUCUGGAUUAUCAUAAUACUGACUUUAACUCGUGCGUAAAAGUCUGGAUCAUCGUAAUACUGACUUUAACUCGUGCGUAAAAGUCUGGAUCAUCAUAAUACUGACUUUAACUCGUGCGUAAAAAUCUGGAUUAUCAUAAUACUGACUUUA